AUGAAUUAAAGUAAUUAAAAUAUAGUGAAUAGACAUGGAUUUCAGUGCAAAACAGGAAUAAAUUAUUAUCAAAUUGGAAUUGUAAUUCUAUACAUUGGACAUUACAUGAUAAUCUUAUUUCAAACCUUAGAUUAUGUAAAUAUAUUAAUUCAAAUUUAUAAGAAUCAACUCUGGAUUUUGGUUUCAAUUUUUUCUUUUCUUAUCUCUUUAUUUUGGUUUAUUACUACAAGAAUCGAUCCUACUGAUCAUGAGAUUUAUAUUCAAUAUAAGCUGAGAGACAAAAAGUAAUAAAAUAAUAAUUGUGAUAGAGUCAAAUAUGAAACAAAAUUGAAUUGUUAUUGUAAAGUUUGUCAAGCUUAUGUGAAUACUCCAUCUAAACAUUGCAAACAAUGUAAUAGAUGUACAGAACUAUUUGAUCAUCAUUGUAUAUGGUUAAAUAAUUGCAUAGGGUUAAGGAAUUAUAAAUAUUUCUUUAUAUUAAUAGUACUUUUAGAACUUUAUUUAAUUACUGUAUUAAUAAUUUCAAUAUUUGUUAAUCAGAUAUUCAGCUAUGUAUUUAUGGGAGUGACUAUAAUUUUAAUAAUUCCUAUUACAUUUUUAGUUAUUCUGCAUAUUUAUUUAAAAUUUAAGAACAUGACAACAUAUGAUUAUAUUUUGAGUAAAAGGAAAAGUUAGUAGAAAUCAUCCAAAAAUAAAUAAUAAGAUAAGUUCUAAUAAGAAGGUACAUAAAAUUAAACUAAUUUACAAACUAAUAUAAUUUCUAGAAAUUAUAUGUAAUAAACAAAUUUGAAUGUUUAAAUUGCAAUACCAAAACCUCCUAAUAUAAUAAAAUAGGGUAUAGAUUGGGAUUAAGAGGAAGCAGAUGUAGAUGAAGUGGAGAGUUAUCAUGCAAAAGAACCAUUACCAUUACCUAGUUAAAAAAGUAGUGCAAGAUAAAUGGAUUCUUAAUGCAAUUCAGGACAUAGAAGAACUUGUCCUAAUACUUUAAGGUAUUUUAUUUAUAUACAUAUUUUAUUGUAGAGGAAAUGCUUCAACAAUUCAAUUAACUGAACAUAAACCAAUAAGAUCUUUGUUUAAUGUUAAAGAUUUUUAAUCAAUUAUUGAAAAUUAAAUGAUGAAUAAUGUGAAUGAAGGAUCUAUCAUUCAUUUUGAUUCAAAAAACUCAUAAAAAACUGACUAAAUAGAUAUCAAUAUAUGA